AUGGGCGAGGGUACGUGGGUGAUAGGUGCUAUUUUAGUACGAGCGCCUCUGCAGGAUGAGAGUGCUGUGAACAAUUCGAAGCCGUUCUGGGUGAAACCAUCGGUGAUGCGCAUUCAGAUGGUGGUGAAGACAGCGAGCUCGCCCGUGUCGCUGCGCUGCCCCGCCGCCGGCAACCCCAUGCCCAACAUCACGUGGCUGCGCAACGGCGAACCCCUGGUGGAGACCUGGCGAAUGACCUUCAAGGUUGAGGUGGUUCAGAAGCGAUGGGCUCUCAGCUUCGCCUCGGUCACGAAGGCGUACGAAGGCGAUUACACCUGUGUUGUGGCCAAUGUGUAUGGCAGCAUACAGUGGACCUACUCGCUCGAAGUCAUCGAGCGGCUGCCACACCCGCCGAUUCUGAAUCCGGCAUUGCCGGCCAAUCAGACGGUCUACGUUGGUGACACGGUGACCUUCAAAUGUGAGAUGCUGAGCGACCUUCAGCCUCACCUUCAGUGGCUGAAGCACUAUAGCGUCAAUGGAAGCGAAUACAAUGAGAACGGCAAGCCUUACAUCAUCAAUCUCAAGUCGAACACGAGUGGAGAUCCCGGCAAACUGGUUAUUCACAACAUAACACAGAAGGAUGCUGGCUGGUACACCUGCCUCGUCGGCAACUCGAUAGGGAUUGUCCAUCAGAGUGCGUGGCUCGACGUCCCUGCCAGCUACUUGAGAACAUUUCCGAUCCCUGCAGAGGAAGAAUUUCUGCUCAACAAAUAG